CUCGCAAAGUGGAAGGACCGUGUCAGGGGCUCAGUUCCCCCGACCAUGACGUCCACUGGUCAGGAUGCCACCACCACCAGACAGCGAAGGAGUAGACACAACCCCCACUCGCCCCCCCACAACUCCAGCAUCACCUCGAAGCGAGGCAAUAAGAAAGGUGCCAUACCCCGCUCCAGCCCGAGUCUGGCAGAGGUAAAGAAGAAAGGCAGAAUGAAGAAGCUCAGAGAAGCAGCAGAACAGGACCUAAUCAUGGGACUGCAAAAGCUGGAUCUGAACCUUGAGGCCAAUGCACUGUCUGGCACAGGUUUGGUGUUUGAUGAGAAGCUCAAUGAAUUCCACUGCCUCUGGGAUGACAGCUUCCCUGAAAGCCCUGCGCGGCUCCAUGCCAUCAAGGAGCAGCUGACCAAGGAGGGCCUUCUGGAUCGUUGUAUCUCCUUUCCGGCCCGGUUUGCCAAAAAGGAAGAGCUGAAGCUGGUUCACAGUCUGGAAUACAUUAAUCUGAUGGAGAAGACCCAGCACAUGACUGAGGCAGAACUCCACACCUUAGCAGACACCUAUGACUCCGUUUAUUUGCAUCCAAACUCAUACAGCUGUGCUUGCCUGGCCUCGGGCUCUGUCCUCAGGCUCGUGGAUGCGGUCUUGGGGGCGGAGGUCCGGAAUGGCAUGGCCAUCAUCAGACCUCCUGGACAUCACGCUCAGCACAGUCUUAUGGAUGGGUAUUGCAUGUUCAACCAUGUGGCCGUGGCUGCCAGAUAUGCUCAGCACAAGCAUGAUAUUCACAGAGUUCUUAUCGUGGAUUGGGAUGUGCACCAUGGUCAAGGAACUCAGUUCACCUUUGAGCAGGACCCCAGUAUCUUGUAUUUUUCCAUCCACCGCUAUCAGCAGAGCCAGUUCUGGCCUCACCUUAAGGCCUCUAACUGGUCUGCCACAGGCUUCGGCCGAGGCCAGGGAUACAACAUCAAUGUGCCUUGGAACCAGGUGGGGAUGCGGGAUGCCGACUACAUUGCUGCUUUCCUGCACAUCCUGCUGCCAGUCGCUCUUGAGUUCCAUCCCCAGCUGAUCCUAGUGGCUGCUGGAUAUGAUGCCCUCCAAGGGGACCCCAAGGGAGAGAUGGCUGCCACUCCAGCAGGGUUCAGUCACCUGACCCACCUGCUCAUGGGUUUAGCAGGAGGCAAGCUGAUCCUGUGUCUGGAGGGUGGCUACAACUGUCAGGCCCUUGCUGAGGGUGUCAGUGCCUCACUCCACACACUUUUGGGAGACCCUUGUCCCAUGCUGGUGGCCCCUUGUGCCCCAUGUUUGAGUGCCCGAACUUCGAUCUCCUGCACUCUGGUAGCCCUUGAGCCCUUCUGGGAGGUCCUUGUGCGAUCUGCUGAGACCUUUGAGGACGACAAGAUGGAGAAGGACAAGGAGGCGGGGCCCUUGGAGCCCUCUACACCCAGAAUCCUAACCUGGCCGGUGACUCAUGCUCGCACAGGGCUGGUCUAUGACCACCGAAUGAUGAGUCACUACAACAUAUGGGACACCCACCACCCUGAGAUGCCCCAGCGCCUCUCACGAAUUGUGCGCCAUCUGGAGGAGCUGGGCCUCAUUGGGCGCUGCCUUAUCCUGUCUGCACGCCCCGCCACAGAUGCUGAGCUGCUUACUUGUCACAGUGCUGAGUACGUGGCUCGUCUGCGGGCCACAGCGAGCAUGAAACCCCGCGAGCUACACCGUGAGGGUGCCAACUUUGACUCCAUCUACAUCUGCCCCAGCACCUUCUCCUGUGCUCAGCUUGCCACUGGUGCUGUGUGCCGCCUAGUAGAGGCUGUACUCCAUGGAGAGGUACUAAAUGGUACUGCAGUGGUGCGCCCCCCAGGACACCACGCAGAAUGGAAUGCAGCUUGUGGUUUCUGCUUUUUCAACUCAGUAGCUGUGGCUGCUCGCCAUGCCCAGACCAUCAGUGGGCAUGCCCUGCGGAUCCUGAUUGUGGAUUGGGACAUCCAUCAUGGUAAUGGAACUCAGCACAUGUUUGAGGAUGACCCCAGCGUGCUCUACAUAUCCCUUCACCGCUACGAUCAUGGCACCUUCUUCCCUAUGGGGAAUGAGGGUGCCAGUAGCCAGACUGGCCAUGGCCCUGGCAUGGGCUACACUGUCAAUGUGGCCUGGAAUGGGCCCCGCAUAGGUGACUCUGACUACCUGGCUGCCUGGCAUCGCCUGGUGCUUCCCAUUGCCUAUGAGUUUAACCCCGAACUGGUGCUGGUCUCUGCUGGCUUUGACGCCGCACGGGGAGACCCCUUGGGGGGUUGCCAGGUGUCACCUGAGGGCUAUGCUCACCUCACCCACCUACUGAUGGGCCUUGCCAACGGCCGCAUUAUCCUCAUCCUAGAGGGUGGCUAUAACCUGACAUCUAUCUCAGAGUCCAUGGCUGCCUGCACGCGCAUCCUCCUUGGAGACACGCCACCUCUGAUGGCCCCUCUGCGACCCCCGUUAUCAAGGGCUCUGGCCUCAAUCUCUGAGACCAUCCAUGCCCAUCGCAGAUACUGGAGUAGCUUGCAGAUCAAAAAGGUAGAGAAUGAUGAGCCAGCCACCAAGGAGGAGUUUCAACAAGCCAGUCCUGGGUCAGCCAAGGGGAAGGCCACACCAAAAGAUAACAUUCUAGAAGGCACGGGGAAGGUUAUAUUAGCAUCUGUGGAAGAGUCUUCUCCAGGCCAUGUUAAAUCAGAGACACCUAUGGUGGAACCCACUCGAGACCAAUCCUUGGAGGCAGCUGCUAACAGGUCAACGCUGGACCAGACAACCUCAGAGGGGACAGUGGGGGACACCAAGUUAGCUUCGUGCAAUGACAAGCAGACCCCUGUAUCCUCACCUUUCCCGGGGACCAUGCCUCAUACAUCCCCCAGUAACCUGAUUGGGAGUCUUAAGACCAUGGUACUGAGUGAAAAGACUGAGGAAGCCCCAGAUUCUCAGACCCCAGAUGAGGAGAAGCUACUAGGAGAAGCAGCAGGAGGUCAGGACCUGGCUGAUUCCAUGUGGACGGGUUUUAGGGACAGUGACGAGGCCGAAUUCUAUGCUGUGACACCACUGCCCUGGUGUCCCCAUUUGAUGGCAAUAUGCCCCACACCUGCAACAGGUCUAGAUAUGACGCAACCCUGUGGGGACUGUGGAAGCCUGCAGGAGAAUUGGGUGUGUCUGUCUUGCUAUCAGGUCGGCUGUAGUCGUUACGUCAAUGCCCACAUGAUCCGACACCAUGAAGUCUCAGGACACCCAUUAGUCCUCAGCUUCAUCGACUUAUCUACCUGGUGUUACCACUGUCAGGCCUAUGUUCACCACCAGGCUCUCCUAGGUGUGAAGAAUAUAGCCCACAAGAACAAGUUUGGGGAAGACAUGCCUCAGCCACACUAA